CGUGCUCAGAAGGUACAAUUCGCUGGGUGCUGGUGGAGAUGCCCGGGCGGAGAAGGCGCCGGAGUCGUGGUCCACCCAGCACACACGAGAGUAAGAAGCUGGGCGACGCUGCUCGGGUGACCCGCGCCAGGGCCGGGACAGGGGUAGCCAUGCCGGGCGCGGCCUCCCGUCCCGCCGCUACCGCCCGGCGAGCUCAAGGUCCGUUGGCGGCCUCGCUGAGACACCCGGCUGAGAUUGGUGUGACCUUUGCGGACAUUGCUCUGUACUUCUCCAGGGAAGAAUGGCGCCUCCUUGAUGAAGCUCACAAACGCCUGUACCUGGAUGUGAUGCUGGAGAACUUUGAACUGGUAUCCUCACUGGGUAAUGCCUUCACUGUGCCGGCGGUGUGGACCAGGCUUUGCAUUUCCUUAUGCCUUCUGUUCUCCAGGGAGUGCUCUCUCCUCAUGUGUGGACUGUUGCUGCUGUGGAGCAGAGGAUGUGGAAGCACCUGUUGAACAAAACGUUUCUGUAAGAGUGGUACAUGCAAAGAAUCCCAUGGUGGCUUUCUCUUCCCAGCAGAGUCACCCCAGUGAGACUUGUGGGUCAGUGCUGAGACACAUUUUCCACUUGACUGAGGAGCAGGAGACACAACACAGCCAGAAACCAUUGCAGUUUGGGGCAUGUGCAAAACAAUUUUACUUCAGUACAAAGUGUCACCAGCACCAGGAGGAUCAUGUGAGAGAGAAGCCUUUCAGAAGAGGUGAGGACAGGAUCCUGCUUACGGAGGGCUGCAAUGUCAGUGUGUCCCAGAAGCAUUUUACCUGUGGCAAGGUGGGACAGGAUGUCCUUACCGAGUUAGAACAUCUCCAACAAGAGACUCCUCACACCAGGGACAGGCCAAAUGAAAUCUCGCCAUCUGGAGAGACUACUCAAAGCAGGGAAAAUUAUUUCACCCACAACGAAUGUGAAAGAGCUGUUGGCUGCAGCCACGCGUAUGAUCAAAACAAGGGUGUCCUUACUGGAAGACAGUGUUUCACGUGUCAUGAUUGUGGAAAAUAUUUUUCUGGAAUUUCUAGUUUUUGUUAUUGUCAGAGAGUUCACGCUGGAGAAAAGCCAUAUCUGUGCCAUGAGUGUGGAAAAUCUUUUAAAAAAUCAGAUCACCUUCGUUGUCACCAGAGAGUUCACACUGGAGAAAGGCCAUAUCAGUGCAGUGUAUGUGGGAAAUCUUUUAAAACAAGAAGUAGCCUAUGUUGUCAUGAGAAGCUUCACAGUGGAGAAAGGUCUUAUGAAUGUAGUGAAUGUGGGAAAUCUUUCACCAAUAGCACUCGCUUCCAUUGUCAUCAGAGAGUUCACACUGGAGGAAGGCCCUAUCAGUGCAGUGAGUGUGGGAAAUCAUUUAAAAAACUGAGUCACCUUCGUUGUCAUCAGACAGUUCACACUGGAGAAAGGCCCUAUCAGUGCAGUGUAUGUGGGAAAUCUUUUAAAACAAGAAGUAGCCUUUUUUGUCACGAGAAAAUUCACAGUGGAGAAAGGUCUUACGAAUGUAGUGAAUGUGGGAAAUCUUUCAUCAAUAGCACUCUCCUCCAUUAUCAUCAGAGACGUCACACUGGAGAAAGGCCCUAUCAGUGCAGUGAAUGUGGGAAAUCUUUUACCAGAAACCAUAACCUUCUUUCUCAUCAGAGACGUCACACUGGAGAAAGGCCUUAUGAGUGCAAUCAGUGUGGGAAGUCUUUCUUCGAAAAGAAUGCACUUCAUUGUCAUCAGAGAGUUCAUACUGGAGAAAAGCCUUAUGGGUGCAGUGAAUGUGGGAGAUCUUUCUUCCGAAAAAAUGCACUUCAUUGUCACAAGAGAGUUCACACUGGAGAAAGGCCUUAUGAGUGCAGAGAAUGUGGGAAAUCAUAUCGCAGUAGCAAUGGCCUUCGUUCUCAUAGGAGUUUUCACACAGGAGAAAGGCCUUUUGAGUGCAGUAAAUGUGGAAAAGCUUAUCGCAGUCACCGUAGCCUGCGUUGUCAUCAGAGAGUUCACACAGGAGAGAGGCCUUAUGAGUGCAGUGAAUGUGGGAAAUCUUACCGCAGUAGAACUGGACUUCGUUCUCAUCAUGGAUUUCACAAAGGAGAAAGGCCUUUUGAGUGCAGUAAAUGUGGAAAAGCUUAUCACAGUUGCCCUAGCCUACUUUAUCAUCAGAGAGUUCACACAGGAGAAAGGCCUUAUGAGUGCAGUGAAUGUGCGGAAGGUCUUAGAUGUUAGGAAGUAUAGAGAAUUUUUCAUUUAUGUUAACAAUGACAGGGAAUUCUUUCAAGCCUUGUGUGAAUCAAAUCUUAUACAGCCAAGCAUCAACAGUGAGGAGGUUCCCCAUGAUUAUCUUUUUAUAUGUGUAGUGUGUGUCCAGGUUGCACUUUCUUUACCCAGGUCUUUUUCCAGAUCCACGUCACUGCAUAUUUCUGUUGCUGAAGCUAUUUCCCCUGUACCACUUAUAAGGUUCAGAGAGAUUCCAUGAGUCACCAUGCUUGAUGUGCUCAGAGAAGGUUCUCUGGUUUGUUGGAGAAAAUUAGGAGUCAUUUUAGGUCUUUUUUUCCUUGCCUUUUCACUACAUGGCACACUUACGUGACUCAAUUUUGGCUCAGGAAGCAUCAUCUGAAUCUAGAUGUCAGCUUGUAGGAGGACUCCAUUUUUCAGGAACAUGCUUUUUUACAUACCACUGAUAAUUUUUGAGUGUCCAAAUCACCAGUGGGGAACUGCCAAGCUGAUCUCCCUUGGCCUGUAAAAUAAGGGAGGACUUUUCCCCAAGUCUUCUUUAAUCUUGGCUGUUCUAUUUAUUGUGUGAGGUAGUUUAUGAGCAGUUUUCAGCCCCACAAACAUAAAGAUAUGAACAACUUUUAUGCAUGUCUCAAACUUUCUCUGCCUCCAUGGGGACGGUUUGGUGCAGAGAUGAACUCAGCAGUUUUUUCCCAGACCUGCAUUCCUGUACAUAGUCACCUGGGCCAGACUGUGGGCGCUCUAGUUCUCAUGAGAAGCCUCAAUGGUGCGAGUUUUCAGAAGACAAGGAGAUCAUUCCAAAGAAGGGAUAGCUAUGAUAACCUCAAUAUGUCUGGGAGCAGCAUGAAUUUUUUUCUUGUAAAGGAUGCCAGUAUUUUUGCAGGUAAUCACCAGCCCAGGUCUUGCAAAGGGCCAUGUACCAAAUGUCUGCAGUUUCAUGGGGGAUGGGAAGUUGUAGCACCAGAGAGGUCAGGGGAACUGAUUGCAACAGAAAUAUUGCUCUAACAGGUGCUGAGGCAACUAGAUGGAAUGUGCAUUUUCUCAGCAUGCAUCCAGAAAUGUUUCUGAGAAAAAGACUGCAGGAUCAGUGUGUGCACGAAUCACAGGAUCUGCAGGAAUUUUGAUCUCUGUUGAUUCAGUCAUUGUCAUUGAAUAUAAGUAAAAGUUUUUGUGGUCCUGGUCAGGUAGCUCAGUUGGUUAGUAUCUUGAUAUGCCAAGGUUCUGAUUUCAGUUCUUGGUAAGGGCACAUACAAGAAGCAACAAACAAAUGCACACGUAAGUGAACCAACAAAUCCAGGUUUCUCUCUCCCUCUCUAUCUCCCCUUCAGUACCCUUCCCUCUUUCUAAAGUCAAUACAAUUUUUUUUUAAAGCUGUGGAUUUCUGCCACCUCUCACAAGUUCAUGUCAGAGCCACUGGUGCCCUGGUAGAGAGGAAAAUGAAAAAGUGAAUCUGUACUCAGGGAUGUCACUGUUUGACCCAGCCAGCAAUCCUGUUGCUUUCAGUGAGUUUUUUAUUUUUUGCUUUAUUGGCUGUUACUGAGGCAAAGCCUCACCCAGAGCACAUGAGUUACAUGGAUUGAAUGUAGAAUUGUUAAACCUAUUUUCAAAAUGAGUUGGAUGUACACAUUUUAAAACUCUUAAACCACUUUAAAGAUGCUCAAAUUAGUAAACAUUUCAAGUAUAAUAAUUGAUCAGUCUUCACUUAUGCAUGACACUGAAACCAUCACCAUUGUCAUAGUACUGACCAUUACUGUCACUGGGAAUUUACUUCAUGGCCAUUUUAAUCUCUCCUGCCCUUCAUGGCUUGGUAAGUAAACAUUGAUUUACGUUCCAUGUUAAGCGGUAACUUUGCAAUUUCUUAAUUUUAGAUGAUACAAAUAACAUCUCUUCUGCUUUCGUAUACAUUGCAUAUAUAUUUGGAGAUUUAUUAAUGAUGUAUUAGUAGCUCAUCUGUUUUUGCUGAGAAAUAAUUCUUAAGUAUAUUUUAUUGAUUAUGCUAUCCAAGUUGUCCCAUUUUUUUUCUCUAUCCCCCUCACCCUGCAUCCCCCCCCCCACCAAGCAUUCCCACCACCCCUUAGUUCGUGUCCAUGGGUCAUACAUAUAAGUUCUUUGGCUGCUCCAUUUCCUGUACUAUUCUUAACUUGCCACUGUCUAUUUUGUACCUACCAAUUAUGCUUCUUAUUCCCUAUACCUUUUCCCCCAUUCCCCCCACUCCCUCCCUGCUGAUAACCCUCCAUAUGAUCUCCAUUUCUGUGAUUUUGUUCUGGUUCUAGUUGUUUGCUUAUUUUGUUGUCUUUGUUUUUUAGGUUCAGUUGUUGAUAGUUGUGAGUUUGUUGUCAUUUUACUGUUCAUAGUUUUGUUCUUAGAUAAGUCACUUUAACAAUCCAUAUAAUAAAGGCUUGGUGAUGAUGAACCUCUUUAACUUUACCUUACCUGGGAAGCACUUUAUCUGCCCUUCCAUUCUGAAUGAUAGCUUUGCUGGAUAGAGUAAUCUCAGAUGUAGGUCCUUGCCUUUCAUUACUUUGAAUACUUCUUGCUAGCCCCUUGUUGCCUGCAAGGUUUUUUAUUUUUUUGAGAAAUCAGCUGAUAGUCUUAUGGGAACUCCUUUGUAGAUAACUAACUCUCUGUUCUCUUGCUGCUUUUAAGAUCGCCUCCUUUCAUCUUGUGUAACUUAAUUAUGAUGUAUCUUGGUGUGUGCCUCCUUGGCUCCCAAUUUCUUUGGGACUCUCUGAGGUUCCUGGAAGUCUCUUUCCUUUGCCAGAUUGGGGAAAUUUUCCUUCAUUAUUUCAAAUAAGUUUUCAAUUUCUCGCUCUUCCUCUUCUUCUGGCACCCCUAUGAUUUGGAUGUUGGAACAUUUAAAGGUUUCGCGGAGGUUCCUAAGCCUCUCCUCACUGUUUUGAAUUCUGUUUUGGUUGAAUGUUUAUUUCUUCCUUCUGUUCCAAAUCAUUGAUUUGAGUCCUGGUUUCCUUCUCUUCACUGUUGGCUCCCUACAUUUCUUCACUUUACUUUUCAUAGCCUUCACUUCUUCCCCUAUUUUACGUCCAUACUAAAUCAUUUCUGUGAGCAUCCUGAUUACCAGUGUUUUGAGCACUGCAUCUGAUGGGUUAGCUAUCUCCUCAUUGCUGAGUCCUUUUUCUGGAGCUUUGAUCUGUUCUUUCAUUUGGGCCAUAUUCUUCGUCUCUGUGCAGCUGUUACGUUGUAAGUGGCGGGCCCUUAGGAAUUCACUAGGGCAGGGCAACCCACUCCCCAGUGUUGUGGUGCUGUUUGUAGGGGAGGGUUCAAAGAGGGAACAGUGCUGCUUGCUUGGCUCUUGACAGGCUUUCAGUCACUUCCCACAGGCAAACUGGGCCCUUCUGGGGUUGAUUCCCAGGUGGAUUGUUUUGUGUACAUUCUAGUACCCUGUGGGUCUGUCCAACAGACUGGCCUGUGAGACUGGGAGAUUCUCCCGCUGCUGGAACCCUGGAUUGUGCAGUCUGUCUCGCUGCCCAGUUGUUCCUCCUGGCUUAUCUGCAUGUGAAUGUGGGAUAGCCCAAUCUGCCCACUGCCACCUUGCCUGCCAGGUUCACUACCUUGCCACAAGUCUUCUCUGCCCCAGCUGCCCAUAUCCGCCCCUCCCACCAGUCUGCAUGAAUGUUUCUUCUUUAACUCCUUGUUUGUCAGACUUCCAUAGAGCUUGAUUUUCUGGCAGUUCUGUUUUUUUGUUUUUAAAUUUGUUGUCCUUUCGGUUGUACGCAGAAGCAAAGCUUAUCUAUGCCUACAUCUUGGCUGGAAGUCAGAAAUCCUCUUAUCUUCGAAGAUAGCACUAUGCAUUUAUCCAUUCAGUUUGGCUAUUUCUAGUUUUUCACUUUAAAAUAAAGCUGGUAUAAGUAUUUGUUUAUAAUUCUUUAUAUAGACAUGUUUCAUUUACCUUUGUCAGUAACUCAGUGGACAGUCUGAGCCAUAGUGCAGGUGAAUGAAUAACUUAGAGAUUAGCAAUUUUUGACUUAAACUGACUGUACCAGGAAUGUGAGAGAGAGUCCAUUCCUCCACAUCCUAGAGAAUACUUGAUCUGGUCAGUCAUUUCUUUAUUUAACCUUUUUUUUUUAACAUUGUACUGCUGUCUCACUGUUGUUUUAUAAUUAUUUUUCUAAAGAUUCAUGGUGAGCCUUUUCUCAGAUGUGUAUUUGCUAUGUCUGUAUCUUUGCUAAAUGUCUGAUCCUAUGUUCUGGCUAAUCUGAUAAGAAUUUUGGCUGUUUUCUAUAACAAAAGGACAGAGAAACAACAAAGAGGUAUGUUGGAAUUUCAUUCAUUUCUGGCC